CCCAAUUUUUGCCUGUCACCCAAAUGAAUCGGGCAAAUUUAUUCCAAAUGUUUUAAAAAUCCCAUAUUUUUGGGUAAUUUCAAGACUGUAGAAUGUAGCAUCUAAUGUUCGUAUAACGGAACGCAAAAAAACGUUAGAAACAUCGAAAUCAAAACCUUGCCCAAAUAAAGUAAGACUGAAUAAAAAUGUGCUCUUUAAGUACCGAGGCCCAAAUUAGAUACCUUCUGCAAUGGUUCCAGGAGUGGAGCGAACUUCAAAAAUCUGAUUUUCUCUUGGUGCUCGCCGAUAAUUAUGCUCAUAAGGCCUACGUUAAUGGAAUUGUAAAUAGCAUUGCCAAUAUAAACUGCAGGGAUAAGCCAAUGUCCAUUUUUGAAUGUAGAAUUAAACUAUUUAAAGAAUGGUUUACUCAGUGGAACAUUGAGCAAAAAGAUACAUUCCUUAAGAAGCUUGGAGACAUUGAUCCUAAUUUUAUGGAGAAAUUGAACGCAGAAAUUGAGAAGAAUGAUAAAUUACAUGCGGAUGAAACAAUCUCAAAUGAUAAUUCUUAAUGUUUAGAAAAUUCAUGUGUGCAGUAUCACUGAAAGACAUAUUAUUAUCCCAAAAAUUUUACAUUUAUUCGUUAGCAUUUAUAUAUACUUAUUGUGAAAAGAAAUAAUGAAUUGGGCUGUGUCGAGAUAUUGCCAUUUUGGACCUGAUAAAAUAAUUUACUCUCUUUUUUUACCCAAAAUUGAAAAAAGACAUACUGGAUUGGUGGAGGGAAUAAUUCUCAUAAUCUUAAGAAAACUGAUAUUUCAUUCAAAAAUAUUGUUAUUUAUUUAUGAAGUUGUUUAAGGGAAAGAAAUCAAUAAUCACAUUAAUUUAUUUUAAUAUUUUAUUUAUACAAAUAAAAAAAUAUAGAUUAUGUAGAAGUUUAUAAAAAUAUAUAAUAAUCAACAUGUAAAAAUAUAACAAUAUGUCAAAAGCAUAACAUAUGCUAACUACUCUUUUUAAUAACAAUAAUCAAAAUAAACAGUAUUGCAAUAUA